AUGGAUGGCGUAAAUAAAGAAGACGUUGACAACCAAGCUGCAGGUGCAACAGAAGUAACAGAAAGUGAACCUGGUUCAAAAGGAGGAAAUUAUAAAGAUGUGGUUACUGAGGUAGAAAAAAGUAAUGAUGGAGAAGGAAACAUCUCAAAACCAGAAGAAGAAGCUGCUAAGGAUAAUAAUCCAGUGCCAGACGGAGAAAAGCCCAAAGUUGACAACGCCGAAAAGGAACAACCUGUUGAAAAUAACACAGGUGAGAAGGAACAGGAUCAAGAACAAAAUGCAAACACCGAAACUGAAAAGAAAACUUCAGAAACUGAUGUUGCAACUGAAGAAGAAAAUACCAGCGAUAAACAAAACACAGAAGGUGAAAAAGACGCCCCAAAAAGCGACGAGGUCAAAGCUGCUGAAGAAAGUGAAUUAAAGACUGAAGAAGUUGCAGAAGGAAAGAAAGUAAAUGACACCAGUAACUCUGAGAAUAAAGAGACCGAAGGAGCUAAGAAUGAAAUAGGCCAGAAUGCGAAUGAAAAUUUAAACAGUGAGGAAGCACCGACUUUAGCAGGUGAAAAGGUUGAUGGAACUGAAGAACAUGUCAAAGUCGAUGGAGACAAAACUGAUAGUGGCAUUGUGCCAGAAAAUAGUCCAGAAAGCGAGAAUGCCAUUUCUGAAUCUGGUCCAGCAAAAGAGGGUGAAGAUGGGGCAGAGAUGGGGCAGGUAAAGGAUGGUGACAAAGAUACAGUAGAGGGGGAUAAUCAAGAAGAAAAUAAGAAAGAAACUGGGUUUGAAGGAAUGGGAGAAAGAGAGGGAGAAGAAAAGGGAGAUAAAGAAGGAGAAGAAAAUGGAGAAAAGGAGAAAAAGGGAGAAGAAAGCAGUGCUCAGGAGGGUGUAGAAACUAAAGAUAAUAAAGAAAAUGAUACAGAGGACGGUGAUGAGGCAAAGGAACAUGAAGCAGUCGGAGAAAGCAGAACAGAAAAGGAAACAGAGAAGAAAGACGAAAUCGAAACCGGAGGAGGAGGACAAGAAACCGAGCAAGAGAAGAAUAUAACAGAGGUCGCAGAGGUGAAAGAAAUAGAAAAUGAGGGGGAUGAACGAAAAGAAGGAGUAGAAGAUGUGCCAAAUGAUGCAGAGCCAGUUGCACCUGGAACUGAGCAGAUACCACCACAGAAUGAAAGUGUGGAUAGGGGAACCGAUGAAAGAGACGAUAGUAAAGAUGCAGCAAAUACAGAAGCCCAGUCUAUCGAGGAUAGUAGGCCACAAGAUGAAGAAAAGCCCAAGGAACAAGGCAGUUUUGUAAAGGAAACAGGAAGGAGGAACAGCACCAAAAGCAUUUCUGAAGGAGAAGACAAGAGUAGAAAGACGAGAAGUGGAAGUAAAUCUUCGAGUUCGAGCAGGGGAUCUAUGAGGGCCGUAGGUGGGAAAAAGAGGUCCCCAUUCAAAGAGGGAGAUGAGAACAUGAGAGAGAGGAACAAUUUGGAUGGUCAUGCACACUUCCAAGACUAUUUGACGAGGCAAGUGAAAGAGGGGAAAGAGUCAGAACUUUAUUUAAGUCAGAAGCUAGAACAAAAAGAUCACGAACUAGAGACUGCAGAAAGAAAGAUCAAAGACCUUCAACUUCGAAUGAAAAGAUUCGCCAAAGAUGAUAAAGCGAAAGACGAGAGGAUAUUAAGUAUGGAAAAAGAACUUCGAGAUCUCACCGAUAAAAUGAACUCACUCACAGAAAUGCUGGACCAAAAUGCAAAUACAGCCACCACAGCAACUUCAAAUGGAACUAUUGCAGAGUCUAGGCAGCUUCAAAAGAAGUCAAGUGUUUGUGUGAUCCUGUAGCUUUUAUGUAACUUAUCGUCAGGAAGGCUGUUCACGACGACAACCAAGUUUCUGAAGAAUCUGGUAAAAUGAAGUGACCCGCCUAGUGGAUGAGCAGCUCGUUUGUUGUCUUGAAAAGAGAAUAUCAUCAAGUCCUGAAAAGAGGAUGACCUGAGCCUUUCCAAGGAAUCUUUUUUGACUGUUUGGAAUAAAUUAGAAACCUUAUUUAGAGUUUAACCAACUUGUGAAAGCCUGGCGUUGAAAACAUCGUUACGUUUAUCUGCAGGUUGCUAGAAAACGAACUCCAAGGCUUGACAGUAGUCAGUACUUUUGGGCGAACAGAUACAAUACACGCCACAAAGUUCAUAUCCCUCAAGUUUGAUUAUAAGACAGGUGAUAUCUCUUGACACCUUAGUUGUAUAAACUCGCAGUUGAUUUUUCGACGUGAUUAAAAAUACAUUUGUAGAAUAUUUGAAUACGACCACACGAUUCACAAAAACAUCAUGAAAUUCUUCUUAAUAUGUUGAAUAUGUCAAAACUCUGGUCACUGCUAUUUUGGCUUUGUUCUUAAAGUUAUGAACAGGGACGAAAUUACAGAGGUUUGAUGGGGAAAGGGCCAGUGCACAUGUGGCCAAAUCUCAGCCAAUUCGUCGCACAUUUAACUGAUUGUAAACAUUUGAAGGUAUUUCAUGGUGCUCUUUCCUGUUAUUGGAUCUAAAUUCAAAAAUUCUAAAAUUUAGUUUUGUGAAGUUAUCACUUAAUAACACUUAAAUCUUUGACCUUGAUAGUUUUGUACAAGAACGCCAAAUAAGAUUGUGAUGCACAUCGAUGUUUUAUGUUGUAUCAUAAAAGAUGGUAAAGAAGGGGGGCGGGGGGGGCGUAUAAUUUUGAAGAAAAUAUUUAUUUUUCACGUUAAAAAUAUCGCUUCUUCUUGUUCCUGAUGACGUUUCAGGAAGUUCCCUUUACCAUCUAUAUCAUAUUGUUGUUUGUAAAUCAUUGUAGAUUUUUACGAGAAGGUAAAAUAACAAAGUUGAUCUGAUGUAAACGAAGGAUAAUGUUAAAUUGAUUAAGGCUAAAGCACAUGAUAUUUUCCAUAUGGACUUGCUUCUGCGUUUUGUUAGGAAUCUGAUCUGAGAAAUGCAAUCAUAUUUAGUUUUUGCAACACUUGAAAUAGCGUGGCCAUAGUUAAUACAUUGCUACAAUAGCUUUUCCUUUUUUGAUUGUAUUAAUUGAAAAGAUUCAGUUUUACAUGUGAUUUUUAGAAGUAAACUAUGGUAUUUUAGAAAAAGAUACGUCAGCGUGAAAUGCUUGGAGGAACAGGGAGGACAACAAGAACCAGACUUUUUGCUUGCUUGAGGUUUACAAUUUUAGCAGAACUUGCAUUGCAUUGUAAAAUCAUUUGAUUUACUAAUAGUGAAAUGGCUCAGAAUCAUUUCCGCAUUUCCUGACGUCAUUUAUAUCAGGAUAAGAUGCUAUUUAAAAUUACGAGCCUCUGUAAACUCAGAAUCAAUAGCAAGCAAGACAAUAGCGCAAAAUCCAUUUAGGUUAAGGACUUUUUGUUUAUAAUUGUACUAAUUUUUGUUUGUAUUUAUCAUGCUGCUUUUAUAUCAAGGCGUUUAUGAGUUGGCUUGUCAAUUGCCAAGCGUUGUAAUUUAUAAUAUGAUGUUUUUUAUAUUAUUAGUGUGUACAUAGAAUAUUUUCAUUAAAAGGAGAACAACAUGUAAAAAGAGAGAUGAUUGGAAAUACUAUCAAACUGACUGAAAUGG